AUGAAUAUUGACCAGCACAAGGUGAUAAAGCUUUACAACUUUAUAAUCAAAUUUUUCUUCGACAGUACAAUGUUACUUGGUGGAGCUGGUGGUGGCAAAACUGCUAUGAGAAAUAUUCUUCAAAAAGCAUUAACACAUUUACCAACGAUAGCAAAAGAUGAAACACAAACACGACAAAGUCGAAUGGCUACUGUUGAUGUUACAGUUUUAAAUCUAAAAUCAAUGCAAAUAUCUGAACUUUAUGGAGCAAUUAAUACUGAUACAUUAGAAUUUUCUGAUGGAAUGCUUGCUAGUGUUAUGAGAUCAUAUGCAAAAACUCAUGAAUCUCAAAUGAGUUUAGAGAAAGUAAAAUUCAAUCGAAUUCUUGAUGGACCAAUUGAUACUUUAUGGGUUGAAAAUUUCAAUGCUUUACUUGAUGAUUCAAAAAUUCUUUGUUUGGCAAAUGGUGAACGUAUUGGAAUAUCUGGACAUACAUGA